AGAAGUUGGGUUCUUCUUCGUGGCCGUGAGGAUCGCCGCAUGCUGGGUCUUGUACUCCUCCGCUGCGAGGAGGUCAUCUCCAUGACCGUCGAGGGACCACCUCCGUCGGAAGAGUCCCGCUCAAAGGCCGUCGGUGCCGCCGCACUCGCCGGAAGAGGCAUUCCUCCUGCUCCCGUUGUCCAGGCCCAGCCUGGUCUCGCCGGCCCAGUUCGCGGCGUUGGCGGCCUUGCCCCGGGCAUGAUGCAGCCGCAGAUCUCGUGUCCACCGCAGCUCAAUGCGCCGCCGUAUCCUGGUGGUCCGCCGGUUAUGCGUCCACCGGGGCAGAUGCCAGGGCAAUUCGCUCCUCCCCCCAUGGCCAGGGGUCCGCCUCCUCCGAUGCCACUCGGACAAUUUGUUCCUCCAAGACCUGGUGGCGGUCCACCUCAGUUCUCCGUUCCUCCCCCGCAGUUUGGACAGCGCCCCAUGGGACCUCCUCCUCCGGGACAGAUGGUGAGAGGACCUCCGGCUCCUCCGCGCCCUGGUAUGCCUGCGCCUCCUCCACCUCGCCCCGGCAUGCCCCCACCACCUGGCAGCGGUGUUCCGGUGUUUGGUCCUCCUCGACCUGGCAUGCCUCCUCCCCCAAACCCUCCAAACCAACAACAGUAACGAGAUAAUGGAUUGGUAGGUUGUAUCUGAUGUGUUACUCAUUCCCGUCUUUUAGAUUUUGGUGAGACCGAGUGCCUCUGUAUUUGUGCUUGAGUUUGCGUUUGAAAAAUUUACUGUGAAAACUGAUUUAUGCCUGGUCGAGUUUACUGUAAUAGUAAGUUUGAUGUAAGAUCUAAUUUUUGUCUUUCU